AUGCACCAACAGAUUUGGGCAUUCGUGGUCCUGCCGGCUAUGGCUUUCGCGGGAGGCGACACCUACUUCACCGGCGAUGCCACGUCGUACACGCUCGGAGAGGUGUCUGCCGGCAAUUGCAACUUCAUGUUCGACCCCGGCGUCGAUGACAACUACGCCGCACUGAACAGCGAGCAAUGGGACUCGACACUCAACUGCGGCCGAUGCGCCGAGGUCUCCUGCGACGACGACCGAUGCAGCGACAAGACCAGCAGUCAGAUCGUCUACAUCGUAGACAGGUGUCCGGAAUGCAAGCAAGGCGACCUCGAUCUGUCCCCCGCCGUGUUCGAGGCCAUCACAGGCAGUGAUCCGUCCCGCUACCGCAUCAAAUGGAAGUUCGUGGACUGUCCCGUGAGCGGCAACAUCGAGUACUGCACUAAGAGCGGCAGUAGUAGCUCGUGGCUGGCUAUUCAGCCUGCAAAUUUUGCCAACGGUGUGGCUAGUAUUAAAAUUGCUGACCAGGACGUGACGAUGGUCGACUCGUGCUACUAUUUCCUUCUUAACGGCGGAUCGAACGUCGACAUGUCGGCGGUGAGCGUCGAACUCACGUCCGUCUCGGGUGAGACCAUCACUGAGACUCUGUCGCUCACAGCCGACGAGUGUACAGAGGGCACAUCUAACUUCGGAGCUAUCAACAAGUACUUUAACACUCUCAAGUCGAGUAAUUCCAGUAGUGGAGUCGGCUAUCAGGCUGGGAAGGUGACGGCAGCCGACGACUCUGGUAGUGACGUGUCCAUCCUCCAGUCGAGUGAAGCUGGCGUGGACAAGACGCCGAGUACGCAGCAGACGACCGACACUGACGAUCCGUCCCAGGCCGCUGGCUCGGAUACCAAGCGGGUGACCACCAAGACGGAGGAAAAGUCGUCCGGCACCAGUCCAGUGCUCGUCGCUCUGGUCGUCCUGGCUGCUGUGGGUGGCAUCGCAUUGGUCGCUGUCGCCUACUCCGUCAAGAAGAAGAAACUGGACGAUAAACGGAUCGACCGGGAUGAAAACCUGGUCCGCUCCUUUGAUACGUUCAGCUCGCCCUUGCGUAUCAACGAGACCAUCGCUAAGAUCUAAGUCGUGUGGCGUAUCAUUUACCCAGUAGUGCAGUACCGUAGUGUCUUCCUCUCCAAAUUUACUAGUAGUAUUUUCC